AUGCCGACCACGACUGGCGAUAUUAUUUCUUCCAGUACAUCCAAACUGGAGGGUCUUCAUAUCAACCCUUCUCUCUUCAAGACAUCCACGUUGGUUCAAACUAUUGUUGGGUUCUUUGUCAGUUCUGUCGUGAUUGCCUCUGUGGUAGCCACAGUCAUUCUCGUCUCAGUUGGCAUUGGUUAUCAAGCUCCAAAUCCCAAGCCAGACUUUGCAGAGACGUUCAAACAUCAACCAAUUAUCAUUAACGUUUUAUUGAAUGAUUUUGAUCCCCGUGGUGGUAACUUGACAGUUAGUUCCAUCAAAACCUUGCCAUUGAAUGGUACUGUGGAAAUUGUCUCUUCGAGUAGUGUGCUCUAUCAAUCGAAUGGAACUUUUAGUGGAAAUGAUUCCUUUGUAUAUGUGGUUUCGAAUGGAUAUUUGCAAGCUGAAGCAUUGGUGAUGGUUCAUGUAUUGAAUCGACCACCUCAUGCCAUUCCUUUAGAAUUCCAAGUGGAGAAGAAUUCCAAACCAGUGGAUUUGAAUUUCUUGACAUAUGUGAAUGACAAUGGAGGUUCCAUGUUUGAUUUGGACUCGUUUGAUGUUUUGACUGUGAGUGAUGUUUCUGGUGGUGUUUUGAUCCCUUCAGACACUAUGAAAAACACUUCGAGUAACAUUCUCAAAUUGGGAAGUGUCAAACUUCUUUCGUAUGGUAUUUCCUACUCUCCAACCAAAUACUUUAUUGGAACUGAAAGUUAUAACUAUACUGUGAGUGAUGGAGUGGAAUUCUCAUCGAGUGUUGUGAAAAUUGUCGUUACAAAUGGAGCUCCAGUGGCCAAAGAUGAUGCUUACUAUGUUCCAAAAUAUUCUCAAGCGACUUUAAAUGUUCUUCUCAAUGAUUAUGAUCCCAAUGAAGAUGACAUUACCAUUGAUUCUAUCAAUUCUGUGGGUGUUGCCAGUGCCACAGUGGAUCAACCUGACAAGAAAACUAUCACUUACUUGACUUCAAGUACUGUCUCAACUUCGUAUUCAGACAGUUUUGAAUAUGUCAUUAGUGAUGGUGAAAAGGCAGCAAGUGCUGUGGUGUUCAUUAAGGUGUUUAACACUCCUCCUUUAGUGAAUGACUUUUCAACCAUUGUGAAAAAGAAUUCAAUGAAUAAUUUCAUUCCAAUUAAUUAUACAGAGAGUGAUAUUUUGGACACAGUGACAAUGAGUUCCAUCACUCCAUCUCCUUCCAUAGUUGGUUCUUCUUUGAUUAAUUCAAAAACAUCUUCAAUUGUGAGAGCUCCAUGUUGUGAUUGGAGAACUGUGGUGAGAAAUGAUUAUUCCAUUCAAUUCAAUCCAUUACCAAAUCAAAUCUAUACUCAAAGUUUUCAAAUUGUAAUGGAAGAUGGUGAAAGCAAAUCUCGAAUGGCCACUUAUUCCAUUCAAGUAGUGAAUGAUCCUCCUACUGCAAAUCCAGAUGAAACUUAUUGCAUCAAAAAUUCAUUCACUAUCAUCAAUGUUGUUUCCAAUGACGUGGAUGUCAAUCCAGGUGAUACUUCUAAAAUUCGAUUGAGUACUGGAUGGACCAAAACUUCAUCCAAUGGUGGAAGCUUAAUUCCACUCAAUGCCACUCACGUUCAAUACACUGCACCUCUUGGAUUCAUUGGUGAUGAUGUCAUUUCCUAUGAAAUUACUGAUCAAACAUUGAAUCAAACAACUGGUCAAUGGGAUGCUUCCAGUUUUGCCAUUGGUACUCUCUUGGUUCAUGUCGUUCCUGAAAAUUACACCAAUCAACCACCUACUUGUUCAGGUGGAAUUUCACAAACCUUAACGAAGGGAUCUUCCUAUGAUUUCAAAUCCAAAAUGGCUGCUGUGAGUGCAGAUCCAGAAGGAAAAAAUCUGACCUUUUACAUUUCAAAUGCAGGUGCCUUGUCAAGUGUUGGAAACAUUACAGGAAGCACCACUUUUACAGCUGCUCUCAAAAAUAGUGGAACCAAGGUUGCUGCGUUCAUUGUGAGUGAUAUUUAUGGAUUAACUGCUCAAUGUCCACUCACUGUGACAGUCACAAAUACUGCACCUAUUUCUCAAAAUGCAAACUAUUCAUUUGUCAUUUCACAAAGUAGUUUCGUUCACACCAUGAGUUAUGUGGCAGAUGGUUAUGCAUCAGAUGCAGAUCCUCAAGAUGUGUUGACAUUGAGUCUUGUCGAUGCUUCCAAUUGUUUGAAUACCAUUGCUUCGAGUGUGACUAUUUCAGGAAAUGUCAUUUCUCUCACAAGAAAGGUUCCUUCAGGUUCAUGUAAACUUACUGUCAAAGUGACAGAUGACGAUGGCACCAAUCCACUCAGUUCAAACAAUGCCUUAAUUACCAUCAAUCUCCUCUCUCUAAAUCCAUUUGCUAGAAACGAUGCUUUUAGUAUUGAUCAAGGACAAACCAUUCGAAUUCCAGUGACCAAAAUGUUACAAAAUGACACGGACGAAUAUGGAUUGAAUGGAAUGAGUUUUGUUUCUGUUCAGUGCCCAGACUCUACCUAUUGUCAUCGAACUCCUCGUGUGCUCAAUGCGAAUGGUGACACUUAUGUUGAAGUUGAUUCAGAUCCAAAUUCAUGUCAAGCUGAUAAAUUCCAAUACACUGCUAGAACCGCUUCAGGAAUUUCACGAAAUGCUGACGUUUAUAUUGAAUUCAAGAAUUGCAUGUGUAAGAGUAAGAUUGAUUUCAUGUUCGUGAUUGAUGCAUCAGGAUCCAUUGGUUGGGACAAUUUCCAAAAGAUUCGUGCUUUGGGUCAACAAAUUGUCUCUCGCAUGCAAUUGGGUGAAGAUGCCAUUAAGGUUGGAAUUGUUCGAUUUCAUACGUCAUCAACUUUGGCUCUUCCCCUCACAAGUUCACUCACAGAUAUUCAGAAUACUUUUGAGAACAUGCCCUAUGAGGCUGGAUGGACUGCUCAAUUGGCUGGUAUUCGUGAAGCAUUUAAUGAAUUGGCACGAAAUGGAAGAACAGACGCUGAGAAAGUCAUGUAUAUCUUGACAGAUGGUCUUGCAAACAUACCAUGUUCGUGUGAUGCUUGUUCUUCAUUCUGGAGCACCAAACCAAGUCUUUAUCCCUACACCGUUGGAACUUUAAUUAUUGACAAUAACCAGCUCAGCGACACACAAAAGCAACAAGUUUAUCAAAAUCAAUGCAAUUAUCAAUUUCCUUACACUCCCGGAGAUCCAAACAACUUUGCAUUCUAUCCUUAUUCUUGUUCACAAUGUUCAUGGGAUGAUUAUUCAAGUAGUUGCUUGCCUUGUGCAGAUGCUAUACCAGUUGCUCAAAAGAUCAAUAGUUGGAAGAAAAAUUCUGCUGGAGUGAUUCCAUCUGAUCCAGACAAUCCAUUCAAUCGUUACAACGUUCAAUGGAAGAUCAUUGCCAUGGGUGUUGGUGAUGCAUUAAGUAAUCCAUUAGGUUCUCGUGAAUUGAGAGGAAUGAAUUACAAUGCCGAUCGAACCAUCAAUGUGCCAUGGGAUGAUUUACAAAAAACUUUUUCUGAAGUUGUGGAUCAAUCCUGUAAUUCGAGAACUAUUGUAUUGAAUUAA